GCUUGUCAUGAGGGGGCAUGUGGCAAGUUGGGUCCAACCUUUUUUAGAAAGAUGACGUAAUGUUAUGUUUGAAAAAUAGCUCGUACCUAUUCUUCAUAAGGUCGAGGCUAGGGAAAUUCCCAGAAAGAUGGCGUUCUUCCUCUCGAUUCAUCACGAUCAAUGCAAGGUUUGUUUACAGUAAAGGUGACAUCUUCGUUGCUGUGUCCUCGGCACGAAAUGGAGGAACCCAGAAUUAAGUACAUUCUUCUACGUGAUCGUGUUGGACAAGCUGUGGAAAAAAACAUGUUGUCACAAGGCCUUACGACGAAGUCUACACCAAUACAAAUUUUAAGAGGCGAGUUGUUUGAAGGUGCUCCUGAGGUUGAACAGCCUACAGACUUCACUAAAGUAGCUGUUGUCGGAAUUGAACGUAAAUCAUUACGUCUUAAAUGUCCUAAGGAGGAUGUGACUCGACUAUCUGAGGAAGAAACCAACUUGCUUUUAGCAAUUACUUCAUCUGAAGGAAGAUACCAAACGUACAUAGCUAAGAGACGUCUGGCAUCUGGCCGACAACUGGUAGACGGAAGUGCUGUUUUCGUUAAAGUGAAAGGAUUCUUGAAGGUUUUGCCUGGUGUUGUUAGGUACAAAGGUGAAUUACCACCCAGUCUGGGAACUUGGUUUGGAGUUGAACUCAUAAAAAAUCCUGGGUCAGGAACAUGUAAUGGAACAUUUAGAAACAAGAAACUCUUUACCUGUGCACCAGACUCUGGUGUUUUUGUUGGACUGGAUAAAUUGACACCCCGAGAAGAUGAAGAAGAUUUAAAAUCCCAAAAAGUUGCAAAGAAAGAUGAAAAUACACAAACCAGUCUUAAAACACGUCUUAAGGAUUCAAUAUGGUCAUUUUGGAAGGGAACACACAAGCAAAGGUCAUUUGAAGAAAUUAAGGGAGUGCUUAAGAUUGAUGAAAGAGUUGUGACAUUUAUGAAUGAUAAUCCAGCCAGAGGAACUGUGCGAUAUAUUGGUGAGGAGAAGGAUUCAACUGGAAAUGUUUACAUAAUUGUAGGACUAGAAAUGGAUGAAAGAAUAGGAGCUGGUUGUGGUAAAAGACUUGGCCAUCUUUUGUUUAUAUGCAUGCCAGGCCAUGCAGCAUUUGUACCUGUAGAAAGUGUCAUACCAGAGAAGGACUUUGAUGAGAAUCCUGAAAAACCUGAAAAACAAGAAGCUCGGGGAAAGUGGGGGCAAAUUCAUGAAGAUGAAAUGUGUGCAAGAUCAAUGAACUAUGUCAAACCAUCAGGUACUAGUAAGGAAUCUGUCAAGAAAUUAAGAAGAACAAAUUCAAUGACCUCUGCUGAAACAGAACUCGUGGUGGCAGCUGGAGAAUCCAGCAAAACUGAUCCGCAGGAAUUUAUAGAGAGACAACGUCAGAUACUUAGGGAGUUUGAAGAUAACAAUGGCAUCGGGUCAGUUGAUUGCCCUUAUGGUUUGAAGGUUGGAUCUGUGGUAGAGGUUCCUGUAGCGAAUGGUGUUUUAAGAUAUGGUGUCAUUCGCUGGAUCGGAAAUUUACCACAAGUGAAGGAUAAACUGGUUGCAGGCCUGGAAUUGGAAAAGGAAGAGCCUACAUGUUCAGAUGGAACUUUUGAUAAAGAAAGAUACUUUACCUGUCCACCAGGAAAAGGAUUUUUUGUUCUGUUAGAGAAUUGCCAACCAGAUUCACGAUUAGGUACGUGGUAGGCAACUCAUUACUCUGCAGAAGAAGACACCUCUUGUAUUGCCUCUUUUAUUUUGUGUCCUUUUUGUCCUCUUAUAUUUUCUUAGGAAUAACUAAGUAUUUAAACGCACCUUCUUAACAAAGAGAACAUGCGCGAGAAUUUUCUGUUCUAGUUUUGUUUUGUUUUGUCCUUAUGUGGAGGCGUACACGUGCAUUGGGU